AGAAGCGGUAUUUACAUAUGCUUGCUAACGGUGGCGCACCAUCGAGGAUCAGGCGAGUUCGUGAGAUUCACGGCAGAACAAGGCGGCGGCGAGGGAAAUACUGACCACCGGCAGUCGCAGUCGGUACGAUUCAACGAAGCUGAAGAGUUGGCAAUAACGACGACAACGGCGGAACCCGUGGAGCCUGUGGUGUCAGGGUAUGGCAGAGCCGGAGAGUUGUCGGCAAUGGUUUCGGCGCUGACGCAUGUGGUGGCGUCAGGUUCUUCUGGACAGAGAGACACUAAUGAAUGGAUCCAAGGAAUCAGUGGGUUUCCUGUCAUGUCAUCUUUUGGCCAUGUUUCAUCUCCUCGUUUGUCUCCUUCUUCCUCUUCCUCACGUACAGUUAUGGGCUCUGCCUCUGGUUCAUGGGUGCGUCAGAAAAGAGGCCGACAAGAAGAAGAAGAAGCCGCAUACAAAGCAGCCAUUGGUGACUUCGCUGCACCAUUACAGAACGAGUCGGCAUUAUCAUCAGCAGUGACUGAGGUGGAAGCUUCGAAUAUCGCUAAUACUGAUGGGGCGGCGGCGGCGGCUGCCGUGGCGUUACCGGUGAUGCCAUCAGGUGAAAUUGGUUCGUUUGAAGAAACAGGGGAAAGGAGGAGGAGGUACAGAGGAGUGAGGCAGAGGCCGUGGGGUAAGUGGGCGGCGGAGAUUCGCGAUCCCCACAAGGCAGCGAGGGUUUGGCUUGGCACGUUCGACACGGCGGAGGCGGCCGCCAGAGCUUAUGACGAAGCCGCAUUGAGGUUCAGAGGCAGCAGAGCCAAACUAAACUUUCCGGAAAAUGUCAGAGCAGUUCCUGUGCCCGUUCAAAAUGUUCCGGCCACCAGCCAAGUUCUCCAGCAGUACCCGGCGGCGCUUCCGUUCAUGCAGGUUCCGUUUUUUCAGGGACCCUCUGAUUCGGUCAGAGACUUUUGGAAUUACUCCCAGCUGCUACAGAGCUCCGGCGACUUCCAAGGUCAAAUGCAGCCUCAGCCGCCGCAGCAGAUACCCCCGGGUUUGGUACAGCAAUGGCUGCAUAAUUCUCAAUUGAAUGUUCUUCAAUCGUCUUCUUCGUUGUUAUCGCCAGCAUCUUUGUCGUCUUCUUCAUCUCCCACGGUAUUUUCGCCUUCUAGUCAGUCGUCGUCUGCUUCAUUCCCCCUGCUUUCUAAUCAGCAAAUGGGCUAUUUCCGACCACCGGGAAACCAGACUCACGGCGGGGCCAUAUCAUAUUUUCCGGCGUCAACAUGGUCAGAAACCAUUAACUUUCCUCCGCCGUCGUCUAGGGCGACUCUUUUCUUCCCUCCCCACUAAGUCUCUAUUUCACCCAGAUUUCAGAGCUUGUGAAGUGGCAACCAUUGAAUCAAGAGUUUGAAAUUUUCUUAUAAGAAAACGUUGGAGACCAUUUACAAAAACGUGCUCGAUCUGUACAGGUGAAGUAUGAUUUGAACCACUGACUGCUGAAUAAAGUAAUAUGCGCCAUGCCUAACUUUCAUAUCUUUGUCGGCGGAAAUCAUAUUUGGAUCGUACUAUGUAUUUACUUUUGUUAAUAAAAAAAAGUCAAAUACUACAAUGUGACUUUAUAUUAUUGACUUCAAAUGCUACAA